AAAGUUGGGGUGACGGGUCCACCGGACCCUCAGAUGCGCUGUCCGUCAGUUAUCGAAUUUGGCAAGUUUGAAAUCCAGACGUGGUAUUCCUCUCCCUACCCCCAGGAGUACAGCAGACUACCCAAGCUCUACUUGUGUGAGUUCUGCCUGCGCUACAUGAAGAGUCGCAGCAUCCUCUACCAGCACAUGAAGAAGUGCAACUGGUUCCACCCCCCUGCUAACGAGAUCUACAGGAAAGACGAUGUCUCUGUAUACGAGGUUGAUGGGAAUGUGAGCACAAUCUACUGUCAGAACCUGUGUCUGCUGGCCAAGCUGUUCCUGGACCACAAGACCCUCUACUACGACGUGGAGCCCUUCCUUUUCUACGUCCUGACCCAGAACGACGGCAAAGGUUGCCACCUCGUCGGCUACUUCUCCAAGGAGAAGCACUGUCAACAGAAAUACAACGUGUCAUGCAUCAUGAUUCUUCCACAGUACCAGCGCAGGGGCUACGGACGCUUUCUCAUCGACUUCAGCUACUUAUUGUCCAAAUGCGAGGGCCAGCCAGGCUCUCCAGAGAAGCCUCUGUCGGACCUAGGCCGACUGUCCUACAUGGCCUACUGGCGCAGCGUGGUGCUGGAGUGUCUCCACGAGGUCCGCGAUCGGCAGAUCACCAUACGACAGCUUAGCAAGCUGACUGGCAUCUGCCCGCAGGACAUCACCACCACGCUGCACAGCCUCAACAUGCUAGAGCAGCGAGGAGACAGGCUCGUCCUGGUGCGGAGGGAGAAGUUGGUGUCUAACCACAUGGCUCGUCUCAACGCCCGGCCACGGCAGCUGGAUGUCGACCCCGAGUGUCUCCGCUGGACUCCCGUCAUUGUAACCAACACUGUGGUCUCUGAUGCAGAUGACAACGACGAUGAGGAGGACGAAGAACCAGAGGAAGACAACCGCAAGGAGAUCAAACCAAGUCACAGGGUCCCACCAAUGUCCUGGCACAUGCGCCAAGGGAAGAAGAGGGAUGAGGACGAGGACGAGGAAGUAGAAGAGGAAAGAAAGAGCUUGCCGGGGUUUCCCAUUAGCCAAAGCUCUCCAACUCCCCCUCCCAUUCGCUGUCCAGCCUCUGUCCCAGAGCCACCACGUCCCCCUCCCCCAACAAAUGGAGAACGCCGACCACGAGGGCGCCCACCCAAAAACUGGCCUUGCAAGGUGAAAGACAACACACGGGGGGACGACCACCUAAGAAUCCGCCCCGUGGAGGACGAGGAUGAUGAGGACGAGGAGAGAACAGAGGGAGGAAAAACCACAAGCUCUGCCUGCAGCCCUCCCUCCCUUUUCUCCCUGGAUGACGCAGAUUCCACAGCCUUUCACUCCUUGAACAUGGCCAGGCACCCCUCCAUAACCCCUACACGAAGAGGGCGGCCCCCAAGGAAAAAGAGAGGCCCUAAACCCAGAAUGAUGGAAGGGCCCGGAGAGGGACUAGCACAGCUAUCUGUGGUUUCCAGGUUGAAUGAGUCUCUGCCUGUCAGGAAGAGCUGCUUCAGUGAAAGCAGUGAAGAAGAGGAGGAUGAUGAUGACGAAGAUGAUGAAGAGAGUAGGGCAUGCUCCCCACCCAUCCUUACCAAGCCUGCCAUGGGGCUUAAAUGCAAGAAGCCACUGAGGAAGCGUCGCUUUCGCCAGCGGAGCCACCCUCACAGCAGCGUGGUGACAGAGACGAUUUCUGAGACCACAGAAGUGUUGGAUGAGCCCUUUGUGGACUCCGACUCGGAGAGGCCUAUGCCCAGGCUGGAGGAGGAGACGCCCCUGGGCCACCCACUGCACCGCUACCCCCCAGCCCGCUCUGCGCUGAGGUUGUCUGACCCAGCGCCCAAAAGGGGCCGGCACUCCAACCUCACAGAUUCAGAGGAAGACGAGCUAACACCCGUGCUGAAACCCGUGGCUGCUCUGCCAGCAACUCCAUCUGAGAGCCGUGGCCACCCAGAAGUCCCAGUCAAGAAGAAGAAGGGCUGGCAGGGAAAGAGCCGCAAACCCCUGCACUGGAAGCAACAAGGACCUGGAAAACCCCCUAGUGGUGGGCCAGCCGCAGAUAGCCAGGCCCAAAGGGAUCCGCCACCCCCUAAAAUCAAGAUGAAACCUGGCCGCAAGCCCCGGAGCUGGUACUUGCAGCGGGCCCAGGAGGCAGAGCGGCAGGAGCAGGAAAGACAAAGGCUGCUGGAGCAGCAGCUGGACAAAGAUCCUCAGCUGCUCCAGACAGAAGACCGCAACAGCAAGCGAGUCUGCAGAACCAACACUGACCGAGAUAACAAACCGAAAGACUCUGAUGAAGAAGAUGACUAUCUUCCUAAGCCUGUUGAGCAGAAAGUGCCCAGGAGGCGAGGGAGACCACCCAAGAAUCGUGCCCUCCUCCAGCCACCACAGCCUGCCCCCAAACCACCUCCCACCUCUGAACCUGAGGAGGAAGAGGACGAGGAGACUGGAAGGGCCUGGGUGGAAGAGAAACCUAGCCGUCCACCGUCCCGGGCCCGACAAUCCCGGCCUCAGGACACAGAUAUGGGUGACAGGGAAGAGGACGAUGACGAUGAGGAGAGGGGGGAGGAAUGUAGCAGUGUCGCCGGAAGACGAGCGGCAGUUCCACCAGGUUCAGGAAGCAGGCGCAGUGAAGACCACGACGCAGACGAUGAAGGUGAUGGGCACUUGGAGGACAAGAGCAACAGCAGCAACAACAGCAAGAAGAAAAGUCAGGACUCUGAAGAUGAAGAAGAUGAUGACGAGGAGGGAGAGCCUGCCUCCCGUGCAAGCUCUCCCCCUGUCAAAGAAGAACCCCAAGGAGAGGCUUUUUUAGACAUGGAGAACAGCGUGGCCCGGGACUAUGUCAGCAAGCAGGGGGAAGACGAGGAGGAGGAGGAGGCUGAGGAAGAGGCGCAGGAGAACAAGUGUCGGCCCUCCUCGGCCGACCCGCAGCAGGAGGAGAGGCGGCGCAGAGAGCAGGAGGAGUCGGCUGCAGCAGCUGCAGCAGUGGAGACGGUCACGGCCAUGUCUGUUCCCUCUGAGCCCCUGGAGCUCCAGUCGCUGCACCCAGACGAUAAGGACGUCACGCUGCUGAUGGAGCCCCAACACACACAUCCACACGCCCACCCUCACCAGCACUCUGACUUCAAAGAGGAGCUGGGACACCAUCACCCACACCACCCCCAUCACCACUCCAAUGAGCUGGACCUUGAGACUAUGCAGGCCGUCCAGUCCCUGACCCAAGGGGAAGCCCAGGACGAAGAGACAGAACCCCAGCCACACCACGGGGCCUACCAGGACUGUGAGGAGACACUAGCUGCCUGCCGCACCCUGCAGAGUUACAGCCACACAGGGGAGGCCGAGGAGGAGGCUCUGGCCCUGGUCGAGGAUUGUGGGCCCUCCCAGCACAGCAGCCCCAUUGGUAAUCCUCCAGUGCCGCCCCUGCCGAGUCAAUCUGUGCGCUCGGUGAACAGUCCAGGGUUGCCCUCGGGCAUCUUGGACACAACACCAGCAGGGCAGAGGGGAGGGACGCCUGGCCCCACAGGGGCAGUGGGCAGUGGUGGGGGUAGUGGAGGGGGGUACACCCAGAUCACGCCAGAGCAUCCCAGUUCCCUGUCCGCCCCCUCCCAGCAGAGCAUGGAGACGUCGCCAAUGAUGGAUGUGCCGUCCGUGUCGGACCACUCGCAGCAGGUGGUCGACAGCGGCUUCAGUGACCUCGGCAGCAUAGAGAGCACCACCGACUACGACAACCCCAGCAGCUAUGACUCUAAUGGGGGAGGGGGUAACGGAACAGGGAAUGGGAAUGGAGGGGGAAUGUCGGCUGCUGUAGUUGGCGGAGCUUCCACGGCUUCCUCAUCAUCAGCCUCCUCUUCUUCAAACUCCGCCCCUCCGUCCUCCUCCCAGUCUAACAGCUGCUCCUUCGUGCCAGCCCCCAGCCUCACCUCUUCCACAGGAACUGGAGGAUCCCAACUAUCGAUGGGCAGCUGCAGCCUCAUCCAGCAGACUGGAUCAGGACCCAACAGCGGACCCGGUGCCAGUAACGUGGGCAGCGCUGUGCCCCAGCCCCCGCCACCGUCACAGCCAUCCAACACCCGCUGUGGCAUUAAGUCUCCUCAGAGCUGCGGUGUGAUCGAGAGGCCUCCCAGCACCAACCAGCAGCAGCAGCAGUCCCAAAAAAAGGUUCCUCAGCAGCAACAAGCCCCAAACCCCCAGCCUCCACCGUCGGCACCACCCCCACCCGCAGCAGCAGCAGCAGCACAGCAGCAGCAGCAGCAGGCCCUGUCGCAGUGUAGUAUGGGAAAUGGCUUCGCCUCCACACCCAUGAUCAUGGAGAUCCCUGAGAGUGGAGGCGGAGGAGGGGGCCGAACCCUGUAUGAGCGCAUGGGUCAGGUUGGCACAGGGGGCUACCCCCAGCCCUCUGCAACCUUCAGCCUGGCCAAACUGCAGCAGCUCACCAACACCAUCAUGGACCCCCAUGCCAUGCCCUACUCUCAUUCCGCCUCCGUCACCUCCUACGCCACCAGUGUUUCUCUCUCCAACCCCGUGGCACCUUCACCCCACGCCCCCCUCUCUCAGGGCCAGCCCACUAUGACCCCGCCUCCUAACCUGAGCUCUGGCUCCAUGAACCUGGGCUCCCUGCAGCUGCAAUGCAACAUGCCCACCACUAACAUCGGCCUGGGACCCCCGCCGCACACGCAGCGGCUACAGGGCCAGAUGGCUACGGUCAAAGGCCACAUAUCCAUCCGGUCCAGCACUCAGCAGCUGGCCCCGGCCCCGCACCAGCAGCAGCUCUACGGCCGCAGCUCAGCCGUGGCCAUGCAGGGCACCCCGCGCACCCUGGCCGUGCAGCGCGGCAUGAUGCCAAACCUCAUGCCCACGCCAGCACCGUACAACUCCAUGAACAUGACGCCUCUCAACGCCAUGUCUGCCGGCUACCGAAUGCCUCAGCCCAUGAUGAACAGUGGUUACCACGGCAAUCCCCCUUACAUGAAUCAGCCAGCUCAGUACCCCAUGCAGAUGCAGAUGGGCAUGAUGGGAGGGCAGGGUUACCCGCAGCAGCCUAUGCAGCCCAAUCACCAUGGCAACAUGAUGUACACUGGCCCCUCCCAUCACAGCUAUGCGGGUGUCCCCAAACAAUCACCGUACAUGAGCAGAUGAGCAGCCAAGAACUGAG